AUGGUAAAAAUUCCAACACCAUCGUCAAUCACCGCGCGGCUCUGCAUUAUCCCCAACCACACCUCAGCGGCCUGGAGCUAUCGACGACGAGUCAUCCCAACCAGCAGCAGCAGCACCACCACCACCACUGCCGCUACUACCAUCGCCAAAAAUAACAACAUCAAAACAACCGUCCCAAUCAGGAGGAUGGCAUCAAACUCUCCCGCGCAGGCUGCGCCCGAGACCAAGUUUGGACCCUACGAGGUGACGACGCAGGUGUUCCACCGCACCGCACACUCGUUCGCCCUGGUCAACAUCAAGCCCCUGCUCCCAGGCCACGUCCUGGUGUGCCCGCUGGUCCCGCACCGGCGCCUGACGGAUCUGACCCCGGUCGAGCUGACGGAUCUGUUUAGCGCGGUACAGCGCAUCCAGCACAUGCUCGCCCGAAAGUACUUUUCGCCAUCGUCUUCGUCUUCUGCUGCUGCUGCUGCUGCUGCUAGCGUCCAAGGCGGCGGGUCUUUCAACAUCGCGGUCCAGGACGGUCCCGAGGCGGGCCAGACCGUGCCGCACGUCCACGUUCACGUCAUCCCGCGACCCAAGGGUGGAGAGGCCGCGGCCCGGGCCGGCGAGCCCGACGAGCUUUACGUCGGCAUGGCCAACGAGGACGGCAACGUCGGUGGGGCGCUGUGGGAUCUCCACUCGCGGGAGGCGCAGAGGAGGCCGCUGCCCGGUGGUGGGUUCCCCAAGAUUGAGGAUGCCGACCGUGUCGCGAGGUCCAUGGCCGAGAUGGAGGCCGAGGCCGCCGAGUUCAGGGAGCUGUUGAGGGUCAUGGAGGACGAGAAGCAUCAGCGGUAA